CUUGCCGCAGUCUUUCGCAUGAGCUUCUCCUUUUCGCAUGAACUUUCCUCUCUCUCUCCACACCGAAUCCAAGCCUUUUUCCUGUUCUCUCUCUUCGCUCGCUCCCGGUCACUUUCAUCGAGGCGGCAGGAAAGAUCGCAACUUUUAGCAGAUUGCAGACAUCCGGCCGUGACCCAGUCGCUGUCUCUCUCUCCCCAUCCGCCGCGCAGCGCCACCCUCGUCAAACCCGCCGCCGCCGAACGGGCGGGGGGGACGAGGCCUUAAGGGGGUGCCGGAUCUGGCUCCUCUUCCGCCGGCCGCCCUGUCGAAGGUGGUGCUGCGGUGGCGGUAAGAGACGGGCAGGACUGGUCGUUGGCGACGGAGCGCGGAGGGAAGAGAAGAGAGGGGAAAUUAGUGGGUCCCGGUUGUGCUUGGGUGGAGGCGGUUGACUUGGAGGCUGGCAAGAACGCACGGCACGUGUCCGGCGGGGGCUGGACAUUAGCGAACGCUUCGCCUCCGCCAGGAUUGGCGUUCCGUGCUUUUGAAAACGGAACGAACAUGUGAGAAUCUAGGCUCGAAAAGACAAGCGUUAUGUGGUUCGAGUCGUGGAUGCUGAUGCAGAUGACAGAGGGGGACCAGGAUCAAACGGGUGGGCCAUGGUUAAGAUUGUUGUGCACACUUAGACAGCCACGACUGAGGGAACAUUCGAUCGAUUUCGUGGCGAAUCCUGUGCGUUGUUAUUUUACUCGUCCCACUCCACUUCAUGCUCGGAGCACUAGCCCCACUUGCUGCACCAGAGACUCUAGCAAAAAAGUAACAUAAAACGAGUCAAGUUGGAUUUGCAUUGCCCCAGGUGAGGAAGCACUCAUGCAAUAAACUGACAGGAAAACGCGUUUUUUUAAUCAAAAGCAGAACUUUGAAGGGAAUUUGCUGUCUAUUUCGACCUGCAAGAGCGAGUCCCCACCGGGAAGAGGGUGAGUGCAGACAUUCCCACGAUACAUACAGACAAAUUGCAUUAAACCAGGUUGACAACACCAUCAAUGGUUCUGGUUAUUGACCACUGUCUUCAUUUUUCUUUAUCACCAUGAUAUCAGCAUCGUCUUCUUCCUGUCCUUCUUCUGUAUCCUUUUCCUUUUCUUUUUCCCCGUUUGCUGGGCAAUGAAAAUCAAAAUAGUGGUCUGAGGACCCCCUCCAUCUGCAAAGGAUUCAACCCUGUAAUUCUUGCGGGGGAAGAAAAAAAAAAAAAAGAAGCGACCUUGGGCGUGCUCUUCUCUGUUAUCACGUGUUCCCGUGAGCCCAAGUCACAAAGUGGCUGUCUUUCUCCUGCUUCAAGUAUUCCCUUCAUAAUUAUAAAGAAACACAAAGUAUCCAGCGCAGAGCCAGGGCUCCUUGAGACUUACGGCUUCUUUCUUGCUUUUCUGGAAAAUGGAAGGCUGUCGUUUCUCCCCGCAGUCUCUCAGAUUUCAGUGAAGUCGGCUCUCAUUUAGAGUGAGUACAGCGUGUUUUGUGUGAAACUUUUGGAGCCACCCAAAAGUGCCGCUUUUCUUCUUCGUCUUCUUCUUCUUCUUUUUUUUUAGUGAAGCCUUGAUGGGUAUAUAUAACUUUUUCACUUUGUACAUAAUUGAUAGAUUGGAAGAAGUUAAGGACAUACUGACCCCUCUUUCGCUAUGCCUGCUGCAAAAGUCUAAAAACAGUAUGCUUAAUGUUCGCCUUGUCUGACAAAGGUUCUGUCUAUCCUAGAAUCUGUUGGUUCUUUCAGUCAAGUCUAAGACAUGGAACUUUCUUUUAGGAAUCGAGUUAGCGACUUGCUUUGAUCAAGAUUAUAUUCCUUCCCACUUUGGGUAGAUUUCCUAAAUUAUCAAAAGCUGUUGAUUCAUCUUUCCAUUCAAGUAUCCUCACAUAAGGUUACUCUUAUACUCCAUAACCACUCUUAUUGAUGGGAAGCUUGUCUUAGAUUGUUGAUCUCGCAUCAGGAUGGAUCUGGUUUGGCUUCUCUGCAUUUUCGUCCUUUUUUCCGGAGAAUUGUCACUAGGACGGUCCACACCCGAUGCUGAUGCAGUGACUAUUGGAGCUAUUUUCACGUUUUCAACUCUCAAUGGAAAAGUCGCUCAAAUCGCCAUGAAGGCUGCAGAGAAUGAUGUCAAUGCAGAUCCAACUUUUCUUGGUGGACGCAAACUGUCUAUAAUCAUGUACGAUUCCAAUUUCAGUGGAUUUCUAGGCAUCAUCGGCGCUUUGCAGUUCAUGGAGAUGGACACAGUUGCAAUAAUAGGUCCACAGACUUCAGGAACGGCCCACAUUCUCUCUCAUCUUGCAAAUGAACUACAUGUUCCAAUGCUCUCAUUCACGGCGCUUGACCCUAUGCUUUCUCCCCUCCAGUACCCCUACUUCAUUCAAACUGCACCCAGCGAUCUGUUCCAGAUGAUGGCUGUUGCAGAUAUGAUCAGCUAUUAUGGAUGGCGAGAAGUGGUUACAAUUUACUCCGACGAUGAUCAUAACAGGAAUGGCGUCACUGUGUUAGGUGAUCAACUUGCGGAGAGACGCCUCAAAAUAACGUAUAAGGCAGCUCUUCCCCCAGAUCCAACGGCAACUGAGAAUGACGUUGUAGCUGAAUUGAAUAAGAUACAACUGAUGGAAUCCCGAGUGAUUGUAUUGCAUGCAUACUCAAAGACGGGUCUUUUGGUUUUUGAUGUGGCCAAGAGACUUGGCAUGAUGGAGAGUGGGUAUGUUUGGUUCGCAACUACAUGGUUAUCUAAUAUUCUGGACUCUGAUUCAUCGCUUUCCUCAAAGCUUCCCGGCUCUAUUCAGGGAGUUCUUGCACUUAGGUUGCACACCCCUGACUCAAAGAGAAAAGCAGAUUUUUUAGCGAGGUGGAAUUCGUUGAGCAACGGUACUAUCGGGUUGAACCCUUAUGGUCUUUAUGCCUAUGAUACGGUAUGGAUGAUUGCUCGUGCAGUUAAAAUGUUCCUGGAUCAGGGAAACAACAUUUCAUUCUCUAAUGACACGAAAUUAAAUAACAUUGGGGGAGGAGGUCUGAAUCUUGAGGCAUUGAGCAUUUUUGAUGGAGGAGAGCAGUUGCUUAGCAAUGUCCUGCAGACAAAAAUGAGUGGUCUGACUGGCCCGGUCAAAUUUAAUCCAGACAGAUCUCUAGUACAUCCUUCUUAUGACGUUAUUAACAUACUUAAAAAUGGUUAUCGCCAGAUAGGCUAUUGGUCCAACUAUUCUGGGCUUUCCAUUGUGCCUCCUGAAGAACUUUAUGCCAAACCACCAAACCGUUCCAGUUCGAACCAACAUUUGAACAGUGUGAUUUGGCCUGGAGGCGACAGUACCAGGCCUCGCGGUUGGGUUUUUCCAAAAAAUGGAAAGAAACUAAGGAUAGGGGUUCCGUGGAGAGUUAGUUACCGAGACUUUGUCGAGCAGGUCAAUGGUACUGACAUCGUCCAGGGGUAUUGCAUAGAUGUGUUUCUUGCUGCCAUAAAAUUGCUUCCUUAUCCAGCUCCAUACGAAUUUCUCUUGUUUGGAAAUGGCCACGAAAAUCCUAGCUACAAUGAGCUUGUAAAUAUGGUCGCGGCGGAUGUUUUUGAUGCUGCUGUGGGAGAUAUCGCGAUUGUCACAAAUCGAACAAAGAUUGUAGAUUUUACUCAGCCUUACGUUGAGUCGGGUCUAGUUGUCGUUGCCCCUGUUAAGAAGUUGAAUUCAAGUCCUUGGGCCUUCUUGAGUCCAUUCAGUCCAUUGAUGUGGGCUGUCACAGCGGUUUUCUUCCUCAUUGUGGGAGUAGUCGUGUGGAUUCUUGAACACAGAAUUAACGAUGAGUUCCGGGGAUCUCCCACGAAACAGAUCAUGACAAUUCUAUGGUUCGGCUUUUCUACUAUGUUCUUUGCCCACAGAGAAAACACCGUAAGCGCACUUGGUCGCAUGGUGCUGAUCAUCUGGCUUUUCGUGGUUUUGAUAAUUACCUCAAGUUAUACAGCGAGUCUUACGUCAAUCCUGACCGUUCAACAGCUAUCCUCGCCGAUCAGAGGAAUAGAUUCAUUAAUAGUCAGCGAUUCCCCGAUCGGCUUCCAAGUGGGGUCUUUUGCACAGAACUAUAUGAUUGAGGAACUGAACAUUCCAAAAUCAAGACUUGUUCCACUUGGCUCACCAGAGGCUUAUGCUUUAGCGCUCAAGACUGGAAGAGUUGCCGCUGUGGUCGACGAACAACCAUACAUAGACCUCUUCCUUUCAAAUCACUGCAAGUUCUCAAUCAGGGGCGAAGAGUUCACCAAAAGUGGGUGGGGAUUCGCAUUCCCUAGAGACUCCCCUCUAGCCGUCGACAUGUCGACUGCCCUGCUCGCUCUAUCAGAGAAUGGUGAGCUCCAGAAGAUUAAUGACCGGUGGCUGUCCAGAAAGACUUGCGGGUCCCAGAUUUCUGGCGAGGAAUCUGACCAACUUCGUCUCCAAAGCUUCUGGGGCCUGUUCCUUAUUUGCGGGGUUGCUUGCGUUGCGGCUCUCCUCGUAUAUGUCUUCGUCAUGUUGCACAAGUUCAAACGGCAUUCUCCUCAAGCAUCUGAGCCGUCUUCUCAUGGAGGCUCUCGUUCCGCGCGCCUUCAGACUUUCUUGACCUUCGUGGAUAAGAAGGAGGAUAAGUCUCGGAGUAAGUCGAAGAGAAAGCGAAGUAAUGAAAUUAUGAAUGGAGGCAGGGAACCUAACUUACCUGGAACGGAUCAGAUAUGCUAAGAAUUCAACGUCUCGGGUCAACAUCGAAACGGGGAUUUCCUGGCCCCAUGAGUUCAUGUUUGCCAAUAUCAGCUUGGUUGCUUAUUUUCCACGCUUGGGUCUACAAAUAAACGAGAGUUCUCAUAGUAUAGUUUCACUUCAUACCCCGAAGAAUCGUACGGGACGCUUCUUAAAACUUUUUAGAAGGCAAUCGGGAGAGCGAACAGUCUGUCGCCGACACCAAGCCAGUUGAAGGGCUAUACUUUAGAAGUCCACGGCCGUCGCCAUUGCCGCAGAAGUUGGAGCAGCUGAUGCUCAUGCUAAUGCAGAAAGCAGAAGAAGCCGUGCGAUCUUUUGGAAGGGUGAAGAAAUGCCGGCAAGUUUUUCUUUGCCGAAACACAACGAAAACAGAGGGGCCUGCUCUACAGAACACCGGCUUCAAAGAUCAUUGCAAUCCGACGGCCGAAGAAUGCAAGAACGAUGUCAUUACGGAACGUUUGAUUCGAUACGCAGUUCGCUGUCUUAAUUACUCAUAAAAAGUAGGAGACUUUAUGACAAAAAUGAAAAUAAAAAUCGAAUCUUGACA